AUGCACACUUCAACCUUCAUCUACUUGGCUUUUUGCAGCCUCGUUUCUGCCAAAGGCUCUGACAAGGGCAAUGGCCGCUUCACCACCACACUCAAUGGCAAAGUGUAUUCAGAUGACAAGUACAGGAUUCGUGAUCUGGCUUGCAUAGGCACUCUCACAAUCCGAGGCAUCAACAAUGGGUUUGAUAUUGAUUGUCAAACAAUGAAUCUGUUCAACUACGCCUUCACUGGCGCCAACGUUGCUGGCCGAAUGGUCAAUAAGCCUACCACUGUUAUCGCCUCAAAAACAAUGGGUCUCACUUCAACUCAGAUUGGUACUCCUUCAAUCAGUGAAAUUGAGUCUAGGGAUGGCGGCAUCGUCAUUACAUUUGCCAGUGGCGGCGGUAAGGUCAAAUACCAAGCCAAAGACAACCCGCAGGGCGGCCUCCUGCAAGUUGAAACGGAGUAUUCGACCAAUGUCACCCACACCAUCACAUUGGCUCGAGACAUGUUCUACUUCCUUGACCCUAAUCUCAAUAAUGCCGUCCGAAUCGGUAAUGGCGUGCCCGCGGAUUCUACACACACCGUUCUCGUUGCCAAAGAUAGCCCACAGGGGGCCAAUAGACUGUAUCAGGAUGGUACAACUAGCCAGUGGAAUGUCUGGAGCGGGGGCCGUAUGGGUGCGGUCUUUGGCGAAGACGCACUUGAGGAUGCGCCCCCUGCAACAGUCUGCACGUAUGACUGCCAAGCCCAGAACCAGAUCCGGGGGUCGCUACCAGUGACCACCCUGCCAGACACUAUUGUCCCUAUUAGUGCCGGAGAUGAUUGA